ACGAAGCGGCGGACGGUGGGGCGGGUCUGCGGCUGCCACGUUGGAGCGCGGAGGUGGCUCCGGGUGCAAUAGGAGCGGCUUUGAGUCCCGGAGUGCCGUGGCACUGUAGGGAGACCCGGCAGCCGGGGGGUCCCCGUCGGGUGCAUCCACCAGAACUGUCCGCCUGCUGUCGGGCCCGGAGGCGGAGCUCCGAUCCUUGCCGGAGCCUGGCCUGUGUUUCUGCCGCCCUGCCAGCCUGAGGCCCGGUCGCGGCGCCGGGCCACCUUACAUCUUCAGCUCGGUGCUCGGAGAGGUGCGGUCGUCCCGGGAGGAGGGGAAGCGUUCGAGAUUACUCGUCCGGCAGGAUGAAGUUAAAGGAAGUAGAUCGUACUGCCAUGCAGGCAUGGAGCCCUGCCCAGAACCACCCUAUUUACCUGGCCACAGGAACAUCUGCUCAGCAAUUGGAUGCAACAUUUAGUACCAGUGCUUCCCUUGAGGUGUUUGAAUUAGACCUUUCUGAUCCAUCCUUGGAUAUGAAAUCUUGUGCUACUUUCUCUUCUUCUCAAAGGUACCACAAAUUGAUUUGGGGACCUCAUAAGAUGGAUUCCAAAGGAGAUGUCUCUGGAGUUCUGAUUGCAGGUGGUGAAAAUGGAAACAUUAUUCUUUAUGAUCCUUCUAAAAUUUUAGCUGGAGACAAGGAAGUUGUAAUUGCCCAGAACGACAAGCAUACUGGUCCAGUUAGAGCCUUGGAUGUGAACAUUUUCCAGACUAAUCUGGUAGCCUCUGGUGCUAAUGAAUCUGAAAUCUACAUUUGGGAUCUAAACAAUUUUGUGACUCCAAUGACACCAGGAGCCAAAACACAGCCCCCAGAAGAUAUCAGCUGCAUUGCAUGGAACAGACAAGUUCAGCAUAUUUUAGCAUCAGCCAGUCCCAGUGGACGGGCCACUGUAUGGGAUCUUAGAAAAAAUGAACCAAUCAUCAAAGUCAGUGAUCAUAGUAACAGAAUGCAUUGCUCUGGGUUGGCCUGGCAUCCUGAUGUUGCCACUCAGAUGGUCCUGGCCUCUGAGGACGACAGGUUACCAGUGAUCCAGAUGUGGGAUCUUCGGUUUGCUACCUCUCCUCUCCGUGUCCUGGAAAACCAUGCCAGGGGGAUUUUGGCAAUUGCUUGGAGCAUGGCAGAUCCUGAAUUGUUACUGAGCUGUGGAAAAGAUGCAAAGAUUCUCUGCUCCAACCCAAACACAGGAGAGGUGUUAUAUGAACUUCCCACCAACACACAGUGGUGCUUUGAUAUUCAGUGGUGCCCCCGAAAUCCUGCCGUCUUAUCAGCCGCUUCCUUCGAUGGACGGAUCAGUGUUUAUUCUGUCAUGGGAGGGAGCACAGAUGGCUUAAGGCAGAAACAGGUUGACAAGCUUUCGUCAUCAUUUGGCAAUCUGGAUCCCUUUGGCACAGGGCAGCCCCUUCCUCCAUUACAGAUUCCACAGCAGACUGGGCAGCAUAGCAUAGUGCUACCCCUGAAGAAGCCCCCUAAGUGGAUCCGGAGACCUGUUGGUGCUUCCUUCUCAUUUGGGGGCAAGCUGGUUACCUUUGAGGGUGUCAAAGUACAGUCUCCCCAGGGAGCUGAGCAGCAGCAGGAGCAGCAGCAUGUGUUCAUUAGCCAGGUGGUGACGGAAAAGGAGUUCCUGAGUCGCUCAGACCAGCUGCAGCAGGUUAUACAGUCACAAGGGUUCAUCAUUUACUGCCAGAAAAAGAUAGAUGCUUCUCAGACGGAGUUUGAGAAAAAUGUGUGGUCCUUUCUGAAGGUAAACUUUGAGGAUGAUUCUCGUGGAAAAUACCUUGAGCUUCUAGGAUACAGAAAAGAAGAUCUAGGAAAGAAGAUUGCUUUGGCCUUGAACAAAGUGGAUGGAUCCAAUGUGGCUCUUAAAGACUCUGACCAAGUAGCACAGAGUGAUGGGGAGGAGAGCCCUGCUGCUGAAGAGCAGCUCUUGGGAGAGUGCAUUAAAGAAGAAAAGCAAGAAUCUGAAUUUCUGCCCUCCGCUGGAGGAACAUUUAAUAUCUCUGUCAGUGGUGAUAUUGAUGGUUUAAUUACUCAGGCUUUGCUGACGGGUAAUUUUGAGAGUGCUGUUGACCUUUGUUUACAUGAUAACCGCAUGGCUGAUGCCAUUAUAUUGGCGAUAGCAGGAGGACAAGAACUCUUGGCUCGGACUCAGAAAAAGUACUUUGCAAAAUCCCAAAGCAAAAUUACUAGGCUCAUCACUGCAGUUGUAAUGAAGAACUGGAAAGACAUUGUUGAGUCUUGUGACCUUAAAAAUUGGAGAGAGGCUUUAGCUGCAGUGUUGACUUAUGCUAAACCAAAUGAAUUUCCAUCGCUGUGUGAUCUUCUGGGUGCCAGGCUUGAAAGUGAAGGAAAUAGCAUCCUGCAGACUCAGGCGUGUCUCUGCUAUAUUUGUGCAGGGAAUGUAGAGAAAUUAGUUGCAUGUUGGACUAAAGCUCAAGAUAGUAGCAGCCCUUUGUCCCUUCAGGAUCUGAUCGAGAAAGUCAUCAUUCUGCGAAAAGCUGUACAACUUACCCAAACCAUGGACACUAAUACUGUAGGGGUUCUUUUGGCUGAGAAGAUGAGUCAGUAUGCCAAUUUAUUGGCAGCCCAAGGCAGUAUUGCUGCAGCCUUGGCUUUUCUUCCUGACAACACCAACCAGCCAAAUAUUGUACAGCUUCGUGACCGACUUUUUAGAGCCCAAGGAGAACCUGUACCAGGACAGCAGUCACUAAAAACUCCUUAUGAGAGGCAGCAGGUGUCCAAGGACAAACCUGGACCAGUGGCUGGCCACCCACAGAUGCCAAGGGCUCCGACUCAACAAUAUUAUACCCAUGUUAGAAUUGCCCCUACUGCCACUACCUGGAGUAACAAAACUCCUACUGCCCUUCCCAGCCAUCCACCUGCAGCCUCUCCCUCUGACACACAGAUAGAAAAUCCUCCACCUCUGGGUUUCAUAAUGCAUGGAAAUGUCAAUCCAAAUGCUGCCGCUCAGCUUCCUACAUCUCCGGGUCAUAUGCACAGCCAGGUACCACCUUACCCACAGCCACAACCUUAUCAACCAGUCCAGCAGUAUUCCUUCGGAACAGGGGGGCCAACAAUGUACCAACCUCAGCAGCCUUCUGCUCCUCCUGCCUCAAGUGCUUACCCUAACACCUCUUACGUCUCUUCUGCUACUUCCUACUCUGGGCAGGCUCCGCUCUACUCAGCACAACACCUGGCCUCUUCUCCUACCUCCAACCCUGCUGCUGCUUUCCCUCCUCCCUCUUCCUCGGGGGCAUCCUUCCAGCAUGGCGGACCAGGAGCUCCCCCAUCAUCCUCCGCUUAUGCACUGCCUCCUGGAAUAACAGAAAAUCUGUCUGUCCAAGACCAGACACCUAUGUUGGAAGGUUCUCAGAAUGGUUGGAAUGACCCCCCUGCUUUGAACAGAGUGCCCAAGAAGAAGAAGAUGCCUGAAAACUUCAUGCCUCCUAUUCCCAUCACGUCGCCAAUCAUGAACCCUCUGGGUGACCCCCAGUCACAGAUGCUACAGCAGCAACCUCCAGCUUCAGGGCCACUGUCAAACCAAGCUUCCUACCCACAGCCGCACCCCCUGGGUGGCCAGCCAUUCCACAGCCUGCAGCAGCCUCUCGGCCAGACCAGUGUGCCUGCAUCUUUCCCAAAGCCCAACAUUGAGGGUGCCCCAGGGGCUCCGAUUGGAAAUACCAUCCAGCAUGUACAGUCUUUGCCAACAGAAAAAAUUACCAAGAAACCUAUUCCAGAUGAGCACCUCAUUCUGAAGACCACAUUUGAGGAUCUUAUCCAGCGCUGCCUUUCUUCAGCCACAGAUCCUCAAACCAAGAGGAAGCUAGAUGAUGCCAGCAAACGCUUGGAGUUUCUAUAUGAUAAACUUAGAGAACAGACACUUUCACCAACAAUCAUCAGUGGUUUACACAACAUUGCAAGAAGCAUUGAAGCGCGAAACUACUCAGAAGGUUUGACCAUCCAUACCCACAUAGUUAGCACCAGCAACUUCAGUGAGACCUCUGCUUUCAUGCCCGUUCUCAAAGUUGUUCUCACUCAGGCCAAUAAGCUGGGUGUCUAAAAGGACAGCUGUACUCCCAGCUGAUGUUGCCGCUUUUCCAAAGAAGUAUGAUGAUUAAAGAGAGAAUUGUAAUACAUGGACCAAUCCUUGUCAGCAUGUUUCCAUAGCAGCCAGUGAGAGCUUUUACAUUCUUUCUGCAGAUAACCACCUUAGAACUGCUCCAAACACUAUUUGUUUUGUUUUAAUUUUUUCUUGCCCAUUAUGAUUUUCCUGUUCUGCAAAUAGCAUAUUUCUGGAUUACACAUAGAAUGGUUCAUGAUAGUCUGACAAAUGUGGUUUUUGAAACCUCAGUGUAUUUUUAAUUGCAUCUGGUUAUGCAUAAAGCAGAGCUAAAACUAAAUUUCUUUUAUGUUCUCCCUACUUUAUCCAUGUCAAUCAGAUUAAAUGUGUAAUCUUAUCUUAUGUGUAGACAGUCUUUCUCCCCCCGCCCCAGUGGUGACUGAGCUGGGACUGUAGCUCAGUGGUAGAGUGCUUGCCUGGUGUGCAUAGGCCCUGUGUUCAAUCCCCACCACCACAGGGCAGAAAAUGACUGCUCAUAGUUUAAUCUUUGUUUCUUGUGUCUGAUACUUUACCUUGGAACUGAACAAAUAACUACAUCUAGAAGUUGCUGCAUAGGUUUCAGCUGCUAGCUUUAAAUAUCUGUAGGAAAAGACUCAGUAUUUUCAUCUAUAGGAUAUACUGAGCUUUUCUCUUGUUAAUAAGUGUUUGUAAUAUCUAUUUGAGCUCAAGAUUGAAUUUCCUCCAUUUUAUGGUCAAAACUGCUCACACAUUUUCUAUAAAUUACCUGUAGUUAAUCUCAGCUACUUGGGAGACUGUAGCAGGAUGAUUGGAAAUUCAAGGGUAGAUUAGGCAAUUUAGAGAGACCCUGUCUCAAAAAAUAAAAAGAUCUGGGAGUGUAGCUCAGUGGUAGUGUUUGCUUAGCCCAAAUUCAUUCCCUAGUACCACACACAAACACAAUUAGUAAAAUUACCUGUGGUUGUGAGGUUUAAGUUCAGAAAGAAAACUAUUUCAGUUUGCCUCUUGAACCAAAGUUGCACAUUUUCAGCCAGUUUUUCUGUGAUUUUAUUACAGUUUGUCAUUAGAGCAGUGUUGUAAGGAGAAAAUAAUAGUCCUUGUAGAAUCUAGAGGAGAAUAAGGUACUAAUCAAUUCUCAUAGCUGAUACAGUAUUAGCUAAGAGGGUUGGAAAACUGAAAAUGCAAGUGUGCCACUGUGUAAGUAGAUGCGCUAUUUCAAGGAGUAAGAGGAGUUCAUGAGGCUUUCUUGGAGCCUGAGCGAAACAGUUUAUGAGAUCCUCUCAAUUCUCUUUGCUGGAAUCCCCUGCUUGAUGAAUAGACUCCCCUUAAAAAAAAAAAAAAGUUUGAUUUUAUAACUCACAAUAGUUUUGUAACAAAAAAGAGAAAAAAGUAUCUGGCUAGCAUCCCUCUGUGUUGGGAGUCUCAGAAAUGGGAUGUCCAGACUUAGCGUCUCCUGUGCAUUUGGUAGUGAAUGUUGGUCCCACUAACUGAGGUCACAGCUGGACCUUCUGGGCCUGCUUCCUAAACUGCAGUAUGCAUUCAGGGCUCCACUGGGACAGCCAACUGGCUUCCAGUGGCUGUUUUUCCUCACUUCCCUUAUAAUUCGAAUUGAUUCUGUGGCAUCAUUUUCUAGAAAUGCAAGUUCCCAAAAGGUAAGGAACAAGAUGAGGUAGCAGUAGUGGAGCUCUGGCCAGCUCCAGAGAUUUCAAGAGUGUAAAUGCAAAAAACUGCCACUGACAUCUGAGUGGCUUCUGUGUCUCUUUUCAGCACAGCAUUGUGAUUGUACUGUGGCCACUGUGGAGCCGCUCCUUUCUGGGGCUAAUAAUCUUGUGGGGCUUAAAAUGAAUGGAAGUAUGAGCUGAACCCAGCAUUGCUUCUGUCUCCAAAGUGUGAAGUUGAGAUUAUGGAAAGAGUAGUUUGUUUUUCUGAGGAUAUUUUUGAGUUUUCAUUUUGAAAAAAAUAAAUUUCAACUUGGUUUUGCCAAUGAUUCCAUUUUUAAUGUUUUCAACUCAAGGUGAAAUUAUAACAUAUACCUCCACAGUUCAGGAACCUCUGCAUCUGUCUUUACAUAAAAAUCUCAGGAGUUAAUACAAGUGGUAGUUAUUUGGUUUUGAAAAGUUAUAGCUCUGUUUUCUACCUGUGACAUCACUUGAUGUAUAAUGACCAUUCUUUCCCAGAUCUUUUCAGUUUUCUUUAUAUGUUUUGUGCUUUAUUUAUAUUUUUUAACCUAAUCAGUUCUAAAACGAAGGAUGGGAUAUGAAGGAACCUGGCGGGGCCAGGUAUUGGCCCAGAUUUCCAGGGUGCAUUCUAUAUUACACCUUGUCUUCUGUUUUAUACCACACUGGGUUGGGUAGGAUGGGUGUAUGUUAGUCCCUGCUUGGGAAUCGUUACACAGGGUGAGAUACAGAGCUGAUGGGGGCCAUUGUUCAUUUCAGUGGUACAGGGGAUGCAGCAGAAUCAUUGGCAACUAAUGGUAACUUGGUUAUCUGACAGCUGCCUGAAAGAUAAAGGAAUGACAGUGACUGGUGUAACCUUUCUGAUGAUCGCUUGUCUCCUCACCAGAUUUGGCAAGGCCAUAUAUUGAUUCCUCUGCCUUGGUGGAGACUUUAUUUAGAACUGUCAUGAGGUUUUAGCAAAUAGUAUGUUCACAUGUAUACGUAUGUGUACACAUGUGCCACCCUCUGUUCUGUCUCACUGCUGUGGUGGCAGCACCCCCAGACAGAGCUUCCAAGCAAUCUUCAAGGGUGUCCCUCCCAACCUGAAAAUGCUAGCAUCUUUAGAUUAGUCAGUAAAUGAGAAGUGGGCUCUCUAUGCACAGUUCUUUGAUUUUAUGGAUAAAUGCCCCAAGUCUUUCACCAUGUGUGCAUUACAGAGCAAAAGCAAUUUUAGCUUUAUUUUUUUCCACUUUUUCCAGUAUACUUGUUUUAUCUAUACUUAUCUAGCAUCUGUCCUGCUCGUUUUGGUAACCAUGCCUGUCUCUGCUGCUCAUGUGACAUAGUGUGCAUGGAUUCCUCCUCAUGGUCCAAGUGUACCAUGCUUUUCUUGCCAGCUGUUUGUCUUGUUCCUCCUUAGGAGGUGUAGGAUGUAUGGCUUUUAGGAUGGUUGAAGUGGACCUUGACAAAGUUAAUAAAGUCAAACAAGUGAAAA